CAGGACAGCCGGGCAGAGCUGAUGCACGAGAAGGUCGUCCUCGAAGCGGACCUGCAAACACUCCGCAAACAACUUGCCGCAUACAGCGAAGACGAUCCUACCGAGAUGCAGCGACGGGAGACGGAGUGCACGAAGCUUUUCCAUGAUGCAGAUCAAUACACGGACCAGAUCGUGUCGAUGGAGGAGUGGCUCGAGAAGAACUACGGCAGAGAAGCGGUGUCUGCGUCCCGCUUUGAGUAUGGCGAGGAAUGGGACAGCGAAGAGUUUGAGAUGACGCCACUAAGCGAUCCGAAUGGGCUGGAAGGCGCAUCUGUGUGAGGGAGUCUGUAUAAUGUGGCCUGAAGAUGUGUGGUGCCGGCUCGGAGGUUCUGUUUGACCAGAAAAUUCUCGUUUGCUGAGAUCCCUGCUCGCAAGGACAAACGCGUGCUGUCGCGUGACUCGCGUCUAACUGAGACCUGCCCUGCCUGCCCUUGUUCAUAUAACACGCUGCUGUUGCCUGAACCUUGGUCCCGCUUCAAGCACACCCAUCCCGAACUUCCUCUUUGCAAUCUGCUUCCACUUCGUUCGUCCGUCCAAAUUGCUUACGAUGUCAGAUUCCACCGCAGGCUCCAUCAAUGCUGAAGAGCUCCAGCAAAAGUGCGCAAGAUGUUCAAAGACUGGUGGGCCACUCAAGAAGUGCGCCAAAUGCAGAUCGAUCCUUUACUGUGACAGAGAGUGCCAGACACUUCACUGGAAGAUGCACAAAAAGGAGUGCAGUCGCCUGGCCAGUAGCAACACUGCAGCAACUCGUACGGCUGGUGGCAGCAAGAACACCGCUGGCGGAUUCACCAGCAUUGCAAACAACACCUUCCUAAACAACCGGCCAGAGAAGGAAGUCUACAAGCUCCUCGUGGACAUCGUGCGUAUGCGUCAGGAAGACACCUACACCUUUGAGGGAGACACCAUGUCUGGCACCAUCUACAACGGAGAGUCAUCCUCCGAGCCAGCCUUCCGCGACAUGAUCCGUCGAGCGAAGAACAAGGCUGGAUUUUUGCCACCAUGGUGGACUGACUCGAAGCUGGAGGAGUGCGUUCGACUGAACAAGCAGGCGCUGCAGUGCGCCCAAGAGAAGUCAGACAUCCAGGAGAGCUGGGGUGACAACACGAUGCCAAUGAAGUUGCGAAUGCUGGGAGAGAAGAUCUAUGGCAAUACUCCAGGAACGAUGCCAGGGCAGGGAGACAGAAUGCUGGAACUGCAAAUGAUGCUCGAGAGAGGCGGUUCUGGAAUGAUGUCGAGCCACCUCGAGUUGCGCUGA